AUGACCGACCAGGCCUUACUGAGAAACUGUAGCCACAAGCCCCGGGUCUUCGUCACAUCGGAUAUUGGCAACGACCCCGACGACAACGAGAGUCUGGUCAGACUUCUUCUUUACGGCAAUGAAUUAGACAUCCAAGGUCUUGUCCCAUGUACUUCAGCAUGGAUGAGAUCUAGCGUGCAUCCAGAGGAAAUGGAGAAAAUCGUUGAAGCAUUUGGAAAGGUCAGGGACAAUCUGAACGCUCAUGUCCACCCCGACAACCAAUAUCCCACUGCCAGCUACCUACAGUCUGUCGUCAAAUCUGGCCCGGCGCUAUACGGCAGAGAGGCUCUUGCUCUAGAAGUCCCUCUAAGCCCAGGAGCUGAACUGCUUGUCAGCGCUUUGGAUGCGUCCAAUGAACCACUCUGGUUCCUCGGCUGGGGCGGUACCAAUGUGCUUGCUCAGGCCCUCCAGCACGCACAUCAAUCCAAGACGGAGACUGAGGCACAGAAGCUUCGAGCAAAGCUCCGGGUAUACACAAUCAGCGACCAAGACGAUACAGGCCUCUGGAUUAGAGUUACCUAUCCCGAUAUCUUCUACAUCUGCUCUACUACUGGCUGGAACGAGUACCGCCUCGCGACCUGGUCUGGUAUCGCCGGUGACCUAUCGCAGCCAAUGGACGAGGGAGGACCCGACAUCGCCAAGGUGACCCAGGGAUGGCUGAAAGAACACAUCCAGAUCGGCCCUCUCGGCCAAGUCUACCCAGACUUUGUGUUCUCGAUGGAAGGAGACAGCCCAACAUUCCUACACCUCAUCCAGAAUGGCCUUGGUUCGCCAGACCAUCCCCACUGGGGCAGCUGGGGAGGCCGCUACGUGCUCGUCGAUAUCGGCGAAGCAGCGAAGCACUACGCAGAUGCUCGUGAUCUAGUGAUAGGCAAGAAUGGCCGCAAAUUCCAGUCGAACUACGCCACCAUCUGGCGCUGGAGAGAUGCAUACCAGAACGACUUUGCUGCGCGCAUGCAGUGGACCCUUCAUGGUGAUCGGUCCAGGGCGAACCACGCGCCGACGGUCAUCAUCAACGACAGUGGACCUGGGCCGGAACCAUAUUUUAUCAGUGCGGAGGUCGACUCCGAGGUGCUGCUUGACGCCGGCCAGACGUAUGACCCUGACGGCGACGAUUUGACGUUCCGAUGGUUUCAGUACAAGGAGCCGACAAAAUCCCAUUCCCUCAUCUACUGGCCCAAGGUACCGGAUCUGCUGGUCAAAGCCCAGGAUCCUUCAGGCGCCAUUGUGCGCGUCCAGAUGCCGCCCGCCAAUUGCUCCGCCGUAAAUGUUCUCACGGGGGAGGCAGUCGAGCGGGGGCAGACUCUUCACCUUAUUCUAGAGGUCAAGGACAAUGGAAGCCCGAGCUUGGUCACGUACAAACGUGUGGUGCUACAGGUGACGAAUGCUGGGUUGCAAGGAGCCAGGAAGGCCUAUCGUACAAUGACAGAGGCGCUGGAGGCUUUCAACAUGUAG